AUGGAUACUGGCAGCAGCUGUCACAAACUAGUUCACUUUCACCUUCCUACUACCCGAAUUCUAUCCAAACCUUGCUUGGAGAGUCAAGAGUCCCCUAAAGUUGUAAGAAAUAUGCCAAGCUACGACAGUGUUAAAGUGGCCGUGCGGGUGAGGCCUUUUAGCAAGAGAGAAAAGGAUGCAAGCAGUAAAUGUGUCAUCUCUAUGAAAACCAACUGCACCACUAUCUGUGACCCAAAGAAUGUUGGUAAUGAGAAAACGUUUAAGUUUGAUCUUGCAUAUUGGUCACACAGUGAAUAUCUGAAGAACACAGAAAGCACGCUUGUCCCAGAUGGCUCUUAUAGCAGAUACGCCGAUCAGAAAACUGUGUUCCAAGACCUUGGUCAAGGUAUAUUAGAUAAUGCUUGGCAAGGUUAUAAUGCUACUCUGUUAGCUUAUGGGCAGACUGGAUCAGGAAAGAGCUAUUCAAUGAUUGGAUAUGGCACUAAUAGAGGUAUCAUCCCACUUGUAUGUGAAGAGCUCUUCCGAGCUAUUGAAAAUAACCAGGAGAAAAACAAACAAUACCAGGUAACAUUCAGCAUGCUGGAAAUUUACAAUGAGCAGGUAACAGAUUUGCUGUCUAAAACAAAGAAGUCGGGUGGACUAAAAGUUCGAGAGGACCAGCAUCAAGGUUUUUAUGUUGAUGGCCUAAAAUUGGUGCCUUGUGAGAGUUAUGCACAGAUUGAAAGGUUAAUAGAGCAAGGGAAAAAAAUAAGGACUACUGCAUCAACUAGCAUGAAUGCCAGCAGCAGCAGGUCCCAUAUGGUGAUCACUAUCCAGUUUAAACAGAUAUUACUUAAGGAAGAUAUUACGAAGCAAUCCAGUAUAAACUUAGUUGAUCUAGCUGGGAGUGAGAGACAAAAGUCAUCUGCUUCUGAGGGAGAUCGCCUUCGGGAAGGGACAUGUGUUAAUCUUAGUCUAACCACACUGGGUAAUGUCAUAAGUGCUCUAGCAGAAGCGGCAAUGGGAAAGAAAGUUUUGCAUAUUCCAUAUCGAGACUCGGUUCUAACAAAACUUUUGCAGUCUGCGUUGGGGGGUAACAGCAGGACUGUUAUGAUUGCUGCCAUUAGUCCAGCUGAUAUCUGCUAUGAGGAGACCUUAUCAACACUCAGAUAUGCAGAGAGGGCGAAGAAAAUAAAAAAUAAAGCCAUAAUUAAUGCCGGCCCCACUGAAAGACUUAUUAAAGAACUCAAAGCUGAAAAUAACAAGUUGCUUUCUAGGCUGGCAGGACUGGGAAAUUCAGGGAAAAGACAGCUAUCUGGUUGCUAUGAGAAUGAGCUCCGUAUCCAGACAAUGCAGAUAACAUGGGAACAUCAGUUACAGGAGGCAAGAAAAGAAUGGGAACAGCAAUACGCUGCAAUCACACAGGAAAGACGAAUGAUGCAGUUGUACCCUUACCUACUAAACAUUAAUGAAGACCCACAGCUAUCUGGAGUUCUUAAACACUUCAUUCAGGAAGGAGCCUCUGAUGUUGGCCAGGACCCUUCAAAUGUCAUAACUCUGAGAGGAUUAGGCAUUCUACCCCAACAUGCCACUUUUAUCAACUCAGAGAGUAAAGUGUUUGUAAAACCCCAUGGAAAAGGAAAGGUCAUUGUUAACGGAGUGCCCAUUGUUCUCAACACCAAGCUUCAGCAUCUGGAUCGUAUUAUCCUGGGAUCAAACAGCGCAUACCUUUAUAUUGGAUUUCCUGCUGAACGUGGCCCAGAUGACCUUUGCAGAUUUGAUUAUGAUUUCUUUCAGUCUGAACUGGCAGCAGCUGAAGGGUUCAGUGUAGACACACUAGGUCCUGUACAUAAUAAAGAGGGUAAACCCGAUCCCAGUGUCCUUGCUGUCUUCCAUGACUUCAUAAAACUAAUGCCACUGGUGGCAGAAGCAAAUCAGAUGAGUGAGGAGCUUUCUAAGGAUCUAAAAUUUGAAUUAAAGGUGAAAAAUCUGGCAUUGACUGAUUCCAGGGGUUAUGACCUGCAAAAAGAAAUUAGUGUGAAAGUAAUCAACCAAAUUACUAACCAGGUGUGGAUCUGGUCAAAAUCAAAGUUUAUUAACAGAAAGUUCUUGAUGGAGGAGCUGUAUCAGCGGUACUUGGAUGGAGGGGACAUCAGUUUGGACAGAGAAAGUGAUCCCUUUUGGGAUCCUGUUGAGGUUAUUCAUUUAGGAUCUGCCCAUAUCUGGCUUCAGUCUUUGGCUUAUUGUAUGAAGUUGGAGGAACAGACAGAGCUUUUAAAUUCUGAAGGUGUUGAAGAAGCCAUUCUUGUGAUAAACAUUACCCCUUGCUCCGAUACUGAAAGGCCAUUCGGAGAAGAAGAUAUUGUCAUUGACCCUUUGGAGUUACUUGGAAGAAAAAUAGAAUUCCAGAUUCAUAUAUUGCAGUGUCUUGGGGUCCGAUGGUUAAAAGAAGCCACAAAUAGGGGAAUUCAGAUUGGGUAUCACUUUUAUGAUGUUUGUCAGUGCGUUUACACAAAACCAGUUUGGAAAAAUGUCAAUCCUAUCAUUGACCACAAGCUCCAAUUUGUUGCUUUAAACGUAUCUAAUGUACUUUUGAGCUAUUUACAAAAACAUGCGUUGGUUGUAGAUUUGUGGGGCCUUCAAGGUACCAUUCAUUUUUGUGUGUUAGUUUGGAUUGAUAUGCAACCGAAUAUUUCUUCUUAUUAUUUUAUUUGGAUAGUAGAUUGUAGUCACCUUAUUGUAGAAUUCAGUACUUGCAUUUAGAAAUGAUUUGGGCGUUUCCUCUUCUCUGUGUGGUUACAAAAAGUGAGGGGGUUGUGAGACAAAUUUUUAGUUCUAAGAAGGUAGGGAGUUUAGUCUUUGAGGAGGUGUUGCUUUUGCAUGUUGUGCCUACACUCAUGUGCUUUGCAAGAGCACAAAAUGGCACAAGGGUGUAAGAGCGCAUUCCUUUAAAGUUUAUUCAUAGAGCAAUUCUGCCUGGGGCUGGUGUUGCUUUGCACUGUACAGAGCACAGCAUCUUAGUUUGGGGACAGAAACGGGACUGGAAAGUGGGGGGAUGCCUACAUAAUGUACCAACCCUUUCUUGCCCCUCAGGAAAACAGUGCUGCUGAAUGCAGGCUGAGCUGUAUUCAUCUGUCCAGCCACAGGUCUCUGUGCUGCAAAAUGGAUCACAAAGACCUGUGACAAUUCAGUUAGUCAGGGAGGCAGGGAGCAAAGUGCAAACAAAUGGCAAAUUGCAUCCAUUCUUUUGCACAUUGCACCAUGCUUUCCUUCUUGUAAUGAGCCCUCAGUGCUCCAAUUGUAUGACUGAAUUGCACCUAAUGAUUAUGCCCAUUCUGGUGCAUCGAGCAUUGAUGUGCUGUAAUGGAUAGAAUUUGCACCACAUUGACACCAGUAAGAAGCAAAUUUGUUAAUGUUUUAUCAUUGCAGACACUAAUUUACAUGCAUCAGAGUUGUCUAGGGAAUCAGCAAAGCCAAAUUGUUCUGCCAACUGCUGAAAGCUGCCAAAGUGCAGCUCAGUAGUAGAUUUCUAGAGAGGCUGUAUAACACAGACCAAGUUGUUCAAGCAAGACAAGUCAUAUACAGUAUCUCUAAAGACCAGCAUCUCAAGGUAACUUCAUUAUGAUAUAGAACAGCUUUGAACCAAGAUUGCCCUGUGCCUUUAAGAUUUGCCAAGCCCAUCUUCAAAAAAAGGGCAAACGACAUAAAGACAAGUACCAGAACAUUCAAUUUGUAUCCAUGAGAACUGGGAAAUAUGCAGCAAAAUGCUUUCUAUUGCUUGAUUGUAUGAAUUGUGUGCAAGUUGCAGUAGCGUUAUUAUAGUGGGGAUGGUGUCACUUCUAGUUCACCAAUGUGUGGGGGAUUAAUGUAUGUAGCCACGUUAAUAACAGCAAUCAUUGCAUAAGCAUGUGGCUCAUUUGAUGCAGGAAUUGGUGCAACCCACUGUGGGAAUCCUGGAAUUCCACUUUUCAUGUGUGUUUUAUCAGGCCAAUGAGACCAAUGUGCCACUGGCACUAGCUACGAGUAUGUAGAAGUGCAAGUAGUGUGUAGGAAGGUGCAAGUACUGGUUAUAAAUGGGGUUAAUACGUCAGAAUGCUCCCCUUGCCGUUGCAGACAGGGACUUUACAUGUGCUGCCAAACUGUGUGUGGAUCUCAUGUAAAAAAUAAACUUCUUUUUUUCUGUUUAUUGAUUGAACUGAAAUUCAAAUUGUGCACUAA